CCAAAAUUCGACGUAUAAAACUUGCCUUAUAGUCAUAGAUGUAUUAUAAAACAACAGUACUGUAUGUGCAUGUAUGUUAUUUUUUUGGAAGUACCCUAGAUCCGGAUGUUUUGCCCAAAGCAUGUCAAUACAAAGAUAGAAACGGCAACAAAAGACAACCGAAAUGGAAAAACAAUGAUUCCAGUCAAUAUUUUCCAUCGUAUAAUAUCAGUCCUCAGUCGUACACGUAAGUCAAUUGUGAAAACAUCAUUUUUGACCAAGAAGUGGUUAUUUGGGUUAACCAAGGGCUUCAUUUCAGGCCUGUUCUAGUAUCGUGUAAAUCUGGAGCUCAAAGUACAAAGCAAGAGAUCUCAGAUGAUGAAAGAGAACUCCAGGCUAUGAAAUGGGGUCUGGUUCCAUCAUGGCAUCGAGGGGAUCCAGGCUCGUUUGGUUACAAGAUGAACAAUGCCAGAAUUGAGUCAAUCACUGAAAAGAAAUCUUUCAAAGGAGCUUUGGAAAGGGGAAGAAGAUGUGUGGUGCUGGCUGAAGGGUAGUUCUGCUGUCUGAAUAAACCUAACUUUUAUUUUUAAUCUAUGCUGGAUAGCUCUUUCAGUUCUAAACUGUUCUCAUCAGAGAUACAGUGAAAUCCCUUAUCCAGAGUACCCAAAGAAAAAUUAUGGUAUCUAGUAGAGUCGAACACAGAAUUGAUCUGUUGGGUACAAUAGAUUUUGACCUUUUCCCAAGAGUGCCAUUCCAUGUUCAUGUACAUCCCAUUUCCAGCACCACCCUUAAAAAAAUCUGCUUGACCAUACAUUUUGUGUUUUUUGAAUAGUGAUUAGCCGAACUUCUAUUGUUCGUGCAUGUCAAUUUCUUGAAAUGAUUUCAUUGAUUUUUGAGCUGACAAGAAAAUACUCAGAAUGCUUUGUGGUUAAAUAUCAUGGUUAACCCAUUGAGCUGCAGUGCACCCUACUUAUUUUUUUACUUGUCUAAUGCCAGACGAUUUUACUCGUCAAUGGGGAAUCUCUGCAGCUUAAUGGGUUAACUAAAAAAUCUGACAAUGUCUUUAGUUAACCCGCUGAGCUGCAAUGCGCCCCAGUGUGCCCUACUUUUUUUUUUUACUUGUCUAACUCCAGACGAUUUUACUCGUCAAUGGGGAAUCUCUGCAGCUUAAUGGGUUAAACAUGUUGAGGUUGGCACUGUAUACAGCCAUAUUUUCAAAUAUUUAUGGUUGAUUACAUAGUUUCUAUGAAUGGCAAGAAGUGAAAGGUGGUGGUCAGAAGCAGCCAUAUUUUAUUUACUUCAAAGAAAAAGUAAAACAUGAAGAAAAUAACGAAGAAGAUGAAAUGAAAUCAGACAGACCUCUGUUGACCAUGGCUGGAAUAUUUGACGUGUGGCAACCUUCCUCGGUACAGUCUUUUCUCAACCUUGUAUUAAUCCAUUGAGUGCCAGCACUCUCCUAUUGACAAAUAAAAUCAUCUGGCAUUAGACAGAGCAAAAUAAUAAAGUAGGGCACAUUGCUACUUAAAGUGUUAACAAAUUUAAAGGGAUUAUAAGACUAGAGUAUAAGACUAUACCUUCUCUACUUUUGUGGUAUUUUUUAGGAGGAAGAACCAUUAUAUAGUUAUUCGGUUAUCACUCUGGAAGCUAAAGCUCCAUUUAGGAGCAUUCAUCACAGAGUUCCAGUAAGUAUACAAUCAACUACAUUGAAAACUUCAGAUGUUAAAGUUUAAAAUCUAGAGCAACUCAUUAAUGUUUUCAGGCAGUUUUGAAAGACGAAGAAGCGGUGCGACAAUGGCUUGAUGGUAGCGAAAUAAAAUAUGAACAGGUUAUUAUAGCGGUUUUGUUGAAUUACUUUUAUCUAAUAUUGGCUACAAUAUUGUAUACUGCUUGGAUAAUUGAUUUAAAAUUGUCAUGCAUGCCAAAUUUUCAAGUUCCGGUAAGCUUUGUAUAUUUUGGGCUUAAAGCAAUAUUCUUGCAGUAACUAUUGAAAGAAGACCCAACUUUUUCAGAAGUUGGGUUUUCUUUUGCAAAUAAAGAAUGAACAACCUAUUUUUUAGGCUUUAAAACUUCUUUCACCUGAUGACUGCCUGGACUGGCAUCCAGUCUCAAAAGCUGUUAAUAACUCCAGAUAUAAAGAACCAGACUGUACCAAGGAAAUUGACUUGUAAGUUGGAGAUGUUUUCGAGGCUAACAAGCAAUCUCUCAUCAACUCUUAUGAAAAUUUGAACCAGCUCAAAGUUGACGAGAGUCGAUGAGCGUUCAGACGUUGAAUGAGAGUUGCAACUGUCAUCAAAUGUUAUCCUUUCCAGAUCUCUUGCUGAGAAAAAAGCACAAAGGGGUAAAAUCACCAAUUGGUUUAAAAAAUCUCCCAAGAAGAGGGAAACAUUAUCGGGAAGCACUGAGGAACCAGCGACAAAGAAAGAAAAACUGGAGCAAUAAGAUAGGUGGAAUCUUAUUUCAUGUUAUUUGUUUAGAAGUGCAUAUUGGUUAAAUAUUUAGCAUUCUUUCAUGGAGUGCUUAUUGCUUAUUGCAUUAUGCAAAUGUUAGACAUAUAUCUUGAUCCAUGGGUUACAGUAUCAGUGGUGGAUUUCCACUCAGAGAAAUAUUUCGUCGUCGAAAUAUUUUCAGUGAAUUUAUUUUGAAUUGUGAAGCAGUUCUAAUUGACCACUCACAAUUCAAAAGAAAUUGAUGGUGGUCAAAAAGGUUAAUACUUAUAGUUAUAGGAGCGAGCAAAUUAAAGUCUCUCAAUUCUAGUUAUUGAUCACAAAAUACAGUACUAUAGUCUACUUACAUAUGUACAAUAAGAAGAAUUAACAUUCUACUCUGAUAAGGUUGCAUGACCACCAUCUGCUGCUCGAUAGUGCUUAGUCAGGGGCGUGGUGACUGGGGGUCUUGGGCAAUAAUUCUGAACUUUGAAAAGUUGGUCAAAAUUUUUGAAAAGUUGGUCAAAGCAAUUAUUUAAAUAUUAAACGAAAUCUUAUAUUAUUUACAAAAAUUUUAGAAAAUCCAAAAAAUUUUCAGGAUUUUAGAAAAAGUUCUUUGAUAAACGGAGAAAAUUUGUGAUAUCCGAAAAAAUUUUAAUGUCGCGAAAAAUGCGAUAGGUCCGGAAAAUUUUUUUUACCCCUAAAAUGGUACACUGACCGAAAAUUUUUUUUCGAGAAAAAUUUUUUUAAACACGAAAACGUUGGUCAUUUUCAUUGAAAAAGUUGGUCAUUAUGGUAUGACGCCCCCCCCCCCAAUCUGGAGUCGUUCGCCACGCCCCUGUGCUUAGUGAAAUCUGUCUUUUACUGGUUUUUUUACGAUAUGAAUAAACUAGACAAUCUUAUACCGCUGGGAUUAAAAGAGAAUUGACUAAAUAGUGAAAGGUGUAAUAGAGGAGCUUUGACGAAGUAAUUGUGUUGUUGAAGAUAUAUUGUAUUAUUGACAAAAAUAUACAUGCCUAAUCAGUAUUAGACCUAUGUUGACAAAACUAAAAAGAUUCAGUUUCGUAGUAUAUAAAAGCAUGCAACCGGUAACACGAUUCGUAUUUCACGAAGACUACGAAGUACGUGGGUUGUUGAAGAUACAGUAUAUUGACAAAAUCACAAAAUGUACAUGUAACAUGGGCAUGGCCUAAAAAAUGUUCGGAAUUUAAAAACACCCCAUAAUAGUAGAAUAUGUAGUCAUUGAAAAGGUUAUAGUUCUGUUUAUUUCUGCAUUACAACAUACAGAUUAUAAAAAUAUUUACACUCUCAGUAAUAAUCAGUAUACUGCUAAAUCUAACUGGAUUGUUUAUCAAAGUAUUCCGUAGUCUGUAAGUCUAUGUCUAAAAAUGUAGUUUUCCCCACUCUAUAUAAAUUGUCUAUGUAUGCAUGUAGAUUAUGUUUUUGCUGUUUCGUAAAGUCCGUGGCCAAAAACGCCUUUCCUUGAAGUACUGUCAGACCCAUGGUGUUUGAAUGCUUGAGUUUUUGCUUCUGAAGUUCGGAAAGUUUCAAGUUUCGGUGAAAUCUACAUGGAGAACG